AUGGGGCAAGCAACACACAGAUUCCCAAUGGAUCACUUUUUAACCUUCUCUCUCCUCUCUCUACUCCUCUCCUUCGCCGCCGCCGGCGAUUUUUCCGACGAUCAAUUGAUCAGGCAAGUCGUGCCGGAGGAGGAACAAUCCGUUAAUCUCCUCAACGCCGAUCAUCACUUUUCGCUCUUUAAGGCUAAGUUCGGAAAGUCUUACAGUGAUGAGAAAGAGCAUGACUAUAGAUUCUCCGUGUUUAAGGCGAAUCUACUCCGAGCGAAGAGGAAUCAAUUGCUUGAUCCGUCGGCGGAGCACGGCGUGACGCAGUUUUCCGAUCUGACGCCGACGGAGUUCAAACAGAGGUAUCUUGGAUUGAAGACACCGGCGUUUCUAGAAAGUGCUCAGAAGGCUCCGAUUCUUCCGACGAAUAAUUUGCCCGAGGAUUUUGAUUGGAGAGAUAAAGGCGCCGUCACUGGUGUUAAAAAUCAGGGAUCGUGUGGAUCGUGCUGGUCGUUUAGUACCACUGGUGCGCUAGAAGGAGCUCACUUUCUUGCUACCGGGGAGCUUAUUAGCCUCAGUGAGCAGCAGCUCGUUGACUGUGACCACGAGUGUGACCAAGAUGGUGUAUGCGAUGCUGGGUGCAACGGUGGGUUGAUGAAUACUGCUUUCCAAUACACAGUCAAGGCUGGCGGACUUCAACUCGAAAAAGAUUAUCCUUACACUGGGAGGGAUGGCAAGUGCCAAUUUGACAAGAACAAAAUUGCUGCUUCUGUUGCUAAUUACAGUGUGGUUUCUGUCGACGAGGAUCAAAUUGCAGCAAAUCUGGUGAAAAAUGGUCCUCUUGCAGUUGGCAUCAAUGCAGCAUGGAUGCAGACUUAUGUGAAGGGAGUUUCGUGCCCAUACAUCUGUUCCAAGAACCGUUUGGAUCAUGGGGUGCUUCUGGUGGGGUAUGGAGCUGCUGGAUAUGCUCCCAUUCGCUUCAAGGAAAAGCCUUACUGGAUCAUUAAGAAUUCAUGGGGAGAAAGCUGGGGAGAAGAUGGAUACUACAAGAUCUGCAGAGGCCAAACACAUGACAUUUGCGGGGUGGAUUCUAUGGUGUCUACAGUAGCAGCAUUUCAAUCUACUUCAGAGUAGACUCUAAAUUAAGCAUGCAUCUGGCACUUAUUAUUGCUAUGUUGAUUUCUUUAGGGUCCUUAUUGUAUAUACAAACUGUUAUAUGUAUUGCUGAGAUGAAAGAUUCCAGCCUUAUCAGGUUCAGACCGUUGUAAACUGAUAUAAAAAAACUGUAAUGUCUAAUGUCAGGGGUAGCAUGCUUGUAAUUUAUAUGAUUUAUGUUUCAGUUCUA